AUGGCGAGCCACCGCGCGUCCCGACUCUUGGAACCGUUCGCGCGUCGGUUACGGCUCUCCAAUCGCGCGCCCCCGCGAUGGGGCCCCGUGCAGCGCCGGGCGGCCGCCGGGUUCAGCUCGCCCGCGCACUCGGCCGAACCGAUGUUCCGCGCCGACGCGCCCCACCUCGAGGGGAUGAACGACGAGCAGAUCGCCGCGAUCGUAGCUCCCGUCGCGCCGAUGAAGGUCCUCGCGGGUCCUGGCUCGGGCAAGACCCGCGUGCUCGUGGGGCGCGUCACGCACCUGAUUAACGAGCUCGGCGUGCCGCCGUCGCACAUCCUCUGCAUCACCUUCACUAACAAGGCGGCGCGGGAGAUGCGCGAGAGGCUCGUCGCGUCGGUCGGCGAGGAAAACGCGAGGCAGAUCACUGCGGGCACGUUCCACUCCGUCGCGUCGCGCAUGCUGCGCAAGCACGUCCACCUCCUCGACGGCUACGGCCGCGGCAACGACUUCGUAAUCUACGACGAGGCUGACACGAAAUCCAUCAUCCGCAAGAUCAUGGUGGACGUCUUCAUGGAGGACAAGAAGAAGGCGGACCCGGCCCUCGCAAAGUCUCGCAUCUCCGCCGCAAAGUCCGCCGUGGACGCCUGCGUCGGCAUGGACGGCCGCCGCAUGGCGCGCGCCCUCUGCGACACCCGGCCGUCGCUCAAGCGCGAUCCUUACAUCCGCGAUCAGUUCCCUCGCCUCUACGACGAGUACGAGGCAAACUUGCGUUCGUCCAACGCCCUCGAUUUCGACGACCUGCUCUCCGCCGCCGUCGCGCUGCUGCGCACGAGCGAGGAGGCGAGGCUUUUCUACAGGCAGAGGUGGCGCCACGUGUUGGUGGACGAGUUUCAGGACACGUCGCUCUCUCAGUACGAGCUCAUUCGCGCUCUCGCCGCGGAGACGGCGAGGGUGUUUGUGGUGGGCGACGUCGACCAGGCCAUCUACAGCUGGCGCGGCGCGGAGGUUGCGAACAUCAGGACCAAGUUCGACUCCGACUUUGCCGGCGCCGGGACGGUCCUCCUGACCAAAAAUUACAGGAGCACGGCGACCAUCGUCAAGGCGGCGCAAGCCGUCAUAGGCGAGUCGAGGGACAGGUCUCCGCUCGAGCUCGACGCGGUGCGACCCGGGGGCAAGGACGUCGCCGUCGUCGCCACGGAGGACGAGAUCGAGGAGGCGGACUUCGCGGCGAGGGAGGCGGCGAGGGCGGCGAGGAGCGGCGUGCCGUUGAAGGACAUCGCGGUGCUUUACCGGACCCACUCGCAGUCGAGGCCGCUGGAGGAGGCUUUCAUUCGCGCGGGGGUGCCGCACGUGGUCGUCGGGGACACGGCGUUCUACACCCGCAAGGAGAUCAAGGACCUCGUGGCGUACCUCCGGGUGCUUUUCAACUCGCGCGAUACCGUCAGUUUGCAGCGGAUCAUCAACACGCCGCCGAGGAAGAUCGGGCCGGGCACCCUCGAGAAGCUCGAGGCGUGGGCCGCGGGCCUGCCGUGGGUGGACGGGAUGCCGCAGCCGCUGGGCAUGGCGCUGUUGGACCGCACGUGGUCGACGCCGGACCAGGACGACUUACUCCCGCCCGCGGCGGACAUGGGCCUCGCCGCGGGCGCGUACAAGGCCGUGAGCGGGUUCGUGUCGGUGAUGCGAGAGCUCGGCGAAGCGGUGGAGGUUUCCGAUCCGGGUGCGCUGACGGAGGAGGUUGUUCGAAGGAUCGGGUUCGAGGAGUACGUCGCGGACAUGGAGAACGGCGACGAGCGCGUGGGGUACGUCAAAGAGCUCGUGUCCAUCGCGAGCGAUCCGUCCGCGGUCGAGUCGCUGGACGGCGUGGACGGCGGCGGCGCGGCGGGUGGUGGGGACAAUGGGGCGACGAAGAGGAAGUCGACGGGCCACGCGGGACUGGGCGAGUUUCUGGAGGGCAUCUCGCUGCUGAUGUCGGCGGAGACCCGGUCGGAGGAUGAGGGCGCGGACGCCGUCAAGCUGAUGACGCUGCACGCGGCGAAGGGCCUCGAGUUUGACACCGUGCUGAUCACCGGGUGCGAGGACGAGCUGAUUCCGUUCAAGCGCGGGGACGCGUCGUCGGACGCGGCGGAGCACGACGAGGAGGUUCGGCUCUUCUACGUCGGGCUGACCCGCGCCAAGCGUAAGCUCUUCCUGUGCCGAGCCUUCAAGCGCCAACGGUUCGGAAGGACCGUGUACGCCGACCCUUCGCCGUUCCUCGAGGUCAUAAGGGAGUCGCUCGUCGGCGGCAAGCCCCCGCAGGCUCGACGCGCGGGCAUGGGAAUUAACCCCGCCGAGGACGACGCAAACACCGACGAAUCGCCGAGACGCGCGGCUCUCGGCAGCGACAGCCUCGCCGAGCACCUUCGCAGGACCACCGGCGCAAAGGCGGCCACGGGCGGGUCGCCGGCGUUCAGGAAAUACGCCGCCGGCGAGAGCGGCGGGUACGCCAAGGCUAACGCGUGGAAGAGGAGGAUGAACUCGGCGCGGGAAGGGGGGGGGGGCGGCGUCCUCGGGGGAAGAAGGGGGACGAGGGAGGCGAUGGGCGAGGACGACCCGGAGGCUGCGGCGCGAAGAGCCGCGAGGAGGGCGUCGAAGGGCUCGUCCCGGGAUGCGACGAGGGCGACCAAGCCGCGGGCGACGGGGGUCGCGGGCGCCGCGGGUGGGCCGCGAGCCGCGCCCAGGAGGAGCCGCGGCAAGAUCGAAUGA